ACUGGGUAUUUUCAUUUGUGGUACUAUCGUCACCCUAUUGAUAAUUUUAUUGAAGUAAAUGUAAAAAAUUCCGACUAGUAACGCAUGAAUGUAUCAAGUUGUGACUGACUUUCCAAAGUGUGUGUGUUGCGGCUAUAGCUGCUGUUCGACGAAUAAUAAAUGAUAAAUUAUUCCAAUAGUUUUACGUUUUGUUUUACCUGUUGCUAUACAACACAAUGAUCCAGCUGAGUCAUUGAUAAAAAGAGAAAUAGCGUCGCCAGUCGCCAGUAAAAACAUUCGCGUUUAUAGUUUUCACUUGCAAUCAGCAAGCCAUCAGUUACCUCGCAAUUUCUAUCCAGCCAGACUGAGGAAAUUUGUACAAAAUCCUAUUGAAAGGAGCAGUUUAUUUUUAUCUACUUUAAAUAUUCGGUGACUGUGUGAUACGCUAUAAAUUGUAUUGGCGUACGAGUUCCCAAGUGUGCAUAUGUUUAAUAAUAAAUAAAUGUGUUAGCAUGUGGUGUGACGAAGUGGUUGUGAAUUCGUACCAUAUUUUGAUUGAAAAUGUCGGAAAACGCGAGGUUGCUGACGAUGGUUUAUGCUGUGAAAUUCCGUUUCCAAAAACCGUGCAACCAUAUGAUUUAGGGACGGCGUUAUUGUUUUAGCAGUGUGAAUUUUUAAAGUCGUUGAACUUUGUGAUCUCCUUGAUAUUUGCACUAAGUAUAACAACGUGCCUUGUUUAAAACGAUCGUCGAGCGCAAUAUGAUACAAAAUAAAAUUCUUACUGAAUCAUAAAAAUUUCAAGGAGCUUUCUGCCCAAAGGCAACUACUUACAUCAGGUGCACAACUGGCUUAAUUUCAAGUUAUGGAAGGAGCAAAUUGUCCAUUGACAAACGUUCGUUUCAUAUUGCACAAUUCCGAUUCCGAUUCCGAAGAAGAAACACUUUCAAGUAACAGCAGGAAUGCACAGAUAAAUUCAGAUGCCAACUAUUCGAAGCAAAAUGGAGAUAUUUGCCAAAUUAACGUACCAAAAAUACAGCAACACGCAAAGACUGUAGUCCCUAAAAACGCUGACAGGCAGACUGAUAGUAAAGAAUCAGGAAACAGAAAGUUGACGAAGCAGCAGCAAGUGCGAACGCAAACUAAUUCAAACAACAAAGUUCACAGAGUCUCCGUUUCAAGUCAGGAGAACAACGAUUUUCGAAAUAGGAUGGCAGACGUCUCGAAAAAUGGAACUUCACAUCCGAAAGGAAAAAUAAUUCGAGUAACGCCUUUGAGUGAUAACAGUGUUGAAAGAAAUCAAAAACAGCGACCUCCCUUACACGAUUUUCGCAAUGCGUCGCCUCUUUUCGAAAAAGACGAGACUUCUGAUAGCGUUCCAACAACUCCGAUGGAAUUCGUGGCUUUGUCGUCUGAUUCGCGAUCCGUCGAACCGAUUUUUGAUAGGACGGUUUAUGCAAAUAACCAAACGUCUGAGUUGUGCAAAAAUUACAGUGAUUCCGAGGUUGAAUCCGAUGUUUAUAAAAGACGUGAGUGUGAAAAAAAUCGAUUGACCGAUAUGUCUAAGAAAAGUGUGCCUUGUAUCCAGAAAGCCAGCUCGUAUUCGGUACCUGGAACGCCCUUGUUAAUUCGGAAUAAUACGAAUCCCAAUUUCAGCAAUAGGAGUAAUUAUUACAUAUCUUCCGGUACGCAGGGUUCUAAUAGCGGGUUCAACGGUGGUCUUAGACAUUUGAACAGUUCGAAAUCGUUAAAACUCGAUGGGACGAUGGCUAGAUCCUAUUGCGAAAGACCGGGUAGUGAUAACGACAGUGUUUUCUCCAAACCCUCUGAUAGAAUGUCAAUAAGAUCGUUAACAUCGAUUGGAAUGGGGUCUACAGAUGGGAAGAAGAUUAUUAUUAGGAAAGUCCCUACGUCUCCUGUGGAGUUACUGAAUUUGGUAAAUUCUUCAAUGCCGUUGGAUGAAUACGUUUAUGAAAAAAAUAGUCAGGAUGGACAGUCAAUAGACGGAGAAAGCCUGUAUUUGAAGCCAAACAGGCGACAACAUUGGUCAAAUAAGCUACAAUUUGUUCUGGCUUGCAUCGGUUAUACAGUUGGUUUAGGAUCAGUAUGGAGGUUUCCGUAUCUCUGUUACCAGAGUGGUGGAGUAUUUAAAGGAGCUGGUUUGGCAAGUGUUGUAAUUUCGUUUUUAUUGUCCACAUACUACAGUGUUAUAAUUGCUUACGGAAUUUAUUACUUUUUUUCGUCGUUCAAAGAUGUACAACCUUGGGUGAAAUGUGAUAACAGAUGGAAUACUCUGGAUUGUUGGGUGCCAAAUAAGGGAAAUCGUACUGUUGUAGGUGUUUACAGUAGAACACCAGCGGAAGAAUUUUACGAUUAUAAAGUGCUACAAAUCAGCGAUGGUAUAGAACAUCCUGAAGGAUUAAGGUGGGAAUUGGUAGCGUGUCUACUGUGUGCUUGGAUUUUGAUAUACUUUGCAAUUUGGAAGAGCAUCAAAUCUUCUGCUAAAGUGAGGUACCUUACCACGACUCUACCUUUUUUACUCAUUCUUGUGUUUUUGGGAAAAUCGUUGACUUUAGAGGGAGCCAAUUUGGGAACAAGAUAUUUUUUCAAGCCCCAGUGGGAAUUACUGGCAGAUGCGAAAGUUUGGGUUAAUGCUGUAACACAGACAUUCAAUUCAAUGGGAAUUGCUUUUGGAUCGAUGAUUUCCUUUGCUAGUUACAAUAAAUUUAACAAUAAUAUUGUCCAGGACACUCUGGCAGUAUCAUUUGUAAACGCGGUCACUAGUUUAUUAGUUGGAAUUUAUUCUUUUGCGACAAUUGGGAACAUUGCGUUGGAGCAAAAUAAAUCUAUUGAUGACGUUAUUGCUGAUGGACCUGGUUUAAUUUUCGUAGUUUAUCCCCAAGCAAUGGGCAAAAUGCCCGCUUCUGUACUUUGGGCUUCCUUAUUUUUCUUUAUGUUAAUAUGUUUGGGUUUAAACAGUAUGUUUGCCAUUGUAGAAGUAGUUGUUACUUCAAUACAAGAUGGGUUUCCUGACUGGAUUAAAAAACAUCUUCUUUGCCACGAAAUGUUAGUUUUGGUUAUUUGUGUGGUAUCAUUCUUUUGUGGAUUACCCAAUGUUACAAAGGGUGGAAUUUAUUUCUUUCAAUUGUUGGAUCAUUAUGCAGCUUCUGUGUCUUUGAUAUAUCUGGCGUUUUUCGAAGUGGUAGCUGUGGCAUGGUUCUAUGGAGUUAAAAGAUUAUGUGAUAACAUUAAGAGUAUGACUGGACACACCCCUAAUUUAUUCUUUAGGUUUUGUUGGCUUUUGGCGGCACCUCUUUUAAUCCUUGCUAUUUGGAUUUCCUGCCUCGUAGGAUACGAAUCCCCAACGUACAACAACGGUCAAUACGAAUAUCCAGUAUGGGCAAGAGCGCUAGGCUGGACUAUUUCAAGCUUAUCAAUAAUUGCCGUACCUCUCUUUGCGAUUUACGUGUUUAUGAAAUCGCCGGGGAAGACCCUUUUAGAGAAAUUCAGGAACAGCAUUCAGCCAAAUAUAUUCGAAUGUCCUAAAUGUGGGAAUUUUGUUUGCGAUCACAUGGACGAUAAUGACGACGAGGAGGAGUUUCAGCCAAUUUUAAUUAAUCCGAAUAAAAGCGACAUAAAUAUCGUUGGCAACGGUUCUUAUAAAACUUCAAAAAACCCCAGUGAAACAAAUAUGAAAAUCUCUUCCGACAAAUUAGAUAGAAAGACGAGUACGUAUGAAAACGUUAACGAUGAUAAUGUUUAUCACACUAUAGAAUACGAUAAUAAAAAUUCGAUUAACGCAAAAUGUAGCGACACAUGCAGUUGUAGCUCCCAUUUUACGGAUAAAUAGCAAACAUAAUAGAA